AUGUAUCCAGUUUGCAUAAAUGGAGGUUUCAAAAUCAACGUUGGCUGCCAAGCUGAUUAUCAGUGUACUCCAUACAGCUCUAAUGCUGUUUGUGUUAACAACUGUUGCUGCACAGUCCCUCGAAUCAUUGGACCUGAUAUAGUCACUACAACGAGAAGAUUUUUCGAUGAUGCUUCUUCAUUUUGUACCUCUAUUUAUAUCGUUGUUGCUGUAGCUGCUUUGUUCUUACUUUAA